UCCUGUGAAGAAGCCUAAAGUAAACGCAACAUGUCAGGAUGGAAACGUGAAGUUUCACUGCUUUCUUGGUCCACAACCUACGGACGUGGAGCAUGAGUGGCUCCGGAACGGAGCCAAGAUGGAGGAAAACGGUUUGACUUUUGAGACCAAAGCAUCAGAAACUCAAGACGACAAAUUUGUCUGCAAAGUUUUCAAUGAAGUCAGCUCUGAACCCAGUGAGCCUGUCGCUCACAGCUGUGCUAAAAUAGAUCUUCCCAGUGUCUGGGAUCUUAUUGGUGGUGGAGGAGGUUGUGAUCGGUUUGCUGCAGUGGGUGGAAGCUUCAUUGUUCCUCUGGGAUACCGACUAAAACCUACCGAUACUCUGAAGUGGAAGCUAAAUGGCAGCAUAAUAUUUAAUAAAAAACCAGGAAGGAUAUCUGUUGGGACAGAAAGUGACAUUAAUGCAGACGGAUCCCUUAAACUGGUGAACCUGAGGGAGAACCAAGCAGGACUUUACACCUCUGAUGUUUUUGACGAAAAUGGAAAAUUACAGACCCUAAAGAGCACAAACCUAUGUCUACUGGAUUGUGACCAGUUCGCUGCAGCAGACAGAAACUUUGUUGUUCCUCUGGGACACCAACUAAAACCCACUGAUUCUUUGAAGUGGGAGUUUAAUGGAAAUAUGUUAUUUUAUAAAAGAUCAGAAGAGGUAGUUAUUGGUAAAACAGAAGAUAUAAAUGAAGAUGGUUCCCUCAAACUGAUCAAUCUGAAGAAGAACCAAACGGGACGCUACACCUCGGAGGUUUUUGAUGAAACACGGAAAGCGCGCACCAUGAAGGAAACCAAUCUAUGUGUGAUCGAUCCUGUGAAGAAGCCUAAAGUAAAUAUAACAUGUCAGGAUGGAAACAUGAAGUUUCGCUGCUUUCUUGGUUCAAGCUGGUGA